GGCGGACUGGGAGCCGGCACCACAAUUUCUUCGCGGUGGCCACCGGUGGGAGCUGGCCCAACUCUUGGGCCAGCCGACACAAAUGGAUCUGGUGUAGAUGCAAAGCAUCUUGACGUUGGCGAUAUGAGUGACGUUAGUGAUGAUGAAAAAGAUCUGUCAUCCGCCGAUGCCGAGGGAGUUUGGAGUCCCGACAUCGAGCAAAGCUUUCAAGAAGCACUUGCUAUUUAUCCACCUUGUGGUCGACGAAAAAUUAUUUUAUCUGAAGAAGGAAAGAUGUAU